AUGAACAAUGCAAAGCACCAAGGGAGCUCUUUAUAUACUCCCAUAGUUCCUUGUUCACAUUUGAAUAUGAGCAUAAGCAACGGAAUGAUGUCGGGAUUUCUCGCCACUGUGGUAGUUGUCCUUGAGUCGUUUAUUUCCUUUGUGACGUUUUUGCUGCCGAAGUGGCUGAUACGCUACUUCACAAGACUAACAAGGGUUAUUUUCAGACUUGUUUCUGAUAUUCCUUUGUAUUCCAAGGAUCCGAUAUAUGAUGCAUUUAUCAAAGAAAUGGGUACUCCUCAGAAUGAAGAAGAGGACAAAGACGACCAAGAUUCGGACGAGCAAACAAAGCCACAGCUGUAUGCUACAAAUGGCAGUGCUACCAGCGAAGAAGCCACCAGAGAUGAUACGAUUUCCCUCAUCAAAAAACUGAAAAAUGCAAGGUCAAUUAAGGAGAUGUGCUCUUGUUUCGGAUAUAAGGUCCAGGACUAUCUGGUGACUACUCAAGAUGGAUAUCUGCUGACUCUGCAUAGAAUAAUGGCUAAGAAACCUCAUUCUCGCACCGGGAAAGUGGUUUAUAUGCAACACGGACUGUUGAUGAGUUCAGAGAUAUGGGUCACCAUGUACAAAGAGAGACUGAACCUUCCGUUUGUGCUGACGGAUUUGGGAUUUGAUGUCUGGCUGGGGAAUAAUAGGGGAAACAAGUAUUCGUGCAGACAUCUCACAAGACCCAUAGACUCGGAGCAGUUUUGGAACUUCUCAAUCGACGAAUAUUCGAUGUUUGAUAUCCCAGACUCGAUAGAUUAUAUUUUGAAACAAACUGGCCAGACGCAGGUGAACUACGUCGGGUUCAGCCAAGGAUGCACACAAGGGCUUGCAGCCACCUCUCUCAACAGAGACUUGAAUGACAAAAUCGACAAGAUGAUCCUUAUCUCCCCAGCAACAACCCCCCAUGGACUAUCGAACCCUCUGAUCAACUCGAUAAUCAAUUUGAGUCCCGAGUUCAUGUUUCUCCUCUUUGGAAAGAAGAUCAUUCUGAAGAGUGCGUACUUUUGGAGAGACAUCAUUUACCCUCCGUUGUUCAUCAAAGUGAUAGACUGGGCCGAUCAAAUUUUGUUCAACUGGAAGAGCGAAAACAUCAACUACAUGCAGAAGUUUGUUUCAUACUACCAUCUCUACUCUACCACGAGUGUCAAAUCAGCGGUGCAUUGGUUCCAGAUCAUCAAAUCCAAAAGAUUCCAGAUGUAUGACGCAAAUAAGAACAGCAGUGAUUUCCAGACAUUCCAAUUUCCCAUCGAAAAUGGGGAAGGCUCCAGAAGAAUCAUGGUGCUUUUCGGAACAAGCGACUCGUUGGUGGACAUACAGCUCUUGCAGAAGCAAUUAGGUACGAUCGAGCAGAUAGUUCCUAUCGAAAACCAUGAGCAUUUGGAUCUGGUCUGGGGAACGAGCGUAGAUACCAAAAUUGCGCCUCCAAUUUGCGAGUUUUUAAAGCCGGGGGGAGCUCCAGAUAAGGAUAAAUAA